AUGACGCGUUCACUACCAAAUCCGAGCUUAGCACCCUUUGAUUCGGAAAUUGAAAGAACCUUGCUUCAUAUUAGGCAAGCUCGGAGGCAGUUGGUCUUUGAGGAAGGUGAAAAGGUUUUUACCAAUUCACCGACCAUAUCAUCGUCAUCCAAUGAAGGCACCAAUUACUCUUCCGUUGAUACUACUAAUAGUUUUUCUUUUGAUUUAGGUUUUGACAACAUGGCGGCUCCAAGGAGAGUUACUCUCAAGGAAGUGGGUGCACCAGAUUUUGUUCCCCAACCUCUACAUGUGCUUCACCCUAACUUGAAUGCAAACUUUGAACUUAAGACCACUCUCAUCCAUCUCUUACCAAAGUUUCAUGGACUUCCCGCACAAGAUCCAAUUAGACACCUCAAGGACUUUCAUGGUGUAUGCUCGACUACUAGGCGGGAAGGAUCCGAUGAAGUGGCUAUAUGGUUGUUUGCCUUUCCCUUCUCUCUUGAGGGAAGAGCCAAGGAGUGGUUCUAUACCUUGCCUAGUGAUGUUGUGUCCGAUUGGGAUUUGCUUAGGAGAGAAUUCCUUGAUAAGUUCAUGCCCGUGGAAAUGACGGCCAAGCUAAGGAAGGAGAUCUCAUGUAUUGUACAAGGCGAGAUGGAAACUUUGUAUGAAUAUUGGGAACGGUUUCGCAAACUUCUUGAUUCAUGCCCCAACCAUAUGAUUAACACUCAAGUCUUGCUUAGCUAUGUGUGCCAAGGCAUGAGGGAGCAAGAUAAGAAUUUGUUGGAUGCUUCAAGAAACAGUUCUUUGUCAAAGUAUAGGACGGCGGAGGAGGCAUGGCAACUCAUUACCAACUUGGCUGAGUCCACUCAACAUGCUAGACGGAGAGUCAACUGUCCAAAGGCCGUAAAUGAAGUUUCUUCUAGUGGAUACCAUAACCAAGGGUACCCCCAACAAGGAGGCAACUAUAGCCAAGGGAGUAACAACUCCAAUCAAGGAUGGAGGGAUAGCUCCAACCAAAGUUGGCGGGACAAUUAUCAACAAGGAGGAAGGGAUAAUGGAGGCAACCAAAGAUGGAACAACAACACUUCACAACACCGCUAUUCACAAAACCCUCCAAACCAACAACCAAAUCAAGGAAGGAACUAUCAAACCUACAUACCACCUCAUAGACAACCACUUCCACCCAACCAACCCCAAGCACCACAAAUUACCUACCCUUCCACAUCUCCAAAUCAAGAUGACACACUCCGAUCCAUACUCCAAGGACAAAAGGAACUCCAAAACACCCUCAACUCAAGUCUUAAUGGCCUCACUUCUACUCUCCAAGCUCUCAUUGCUCGCAUGGAGCCACCUUCUAUUCCCACUCUUCAAGCCUCAACCUCUAGUGCCAUACCCUCUCAACCUUUACCCAACCCCAAAGGUGGCAUCAACGCCGUAACCUUGAGGUCCGGAAUGCAAUUGAAAGAAAGGGAUUCAAAGGCACCUAACCCGAUGAAAGUUGCUCAAGAGAAAGAUGGAGUUGAGAUAGAAGAAAUUGAAGAGGAGGAGGAGUCACAUGUAAUAGUUGAAGAUGAAGACCCUCAACCAAGGAGUGAAGUCCCUAGAAAAGGGCAAAUUUUAGAGGAAGUGGCUCAACCAAUUCCAUUUCCUACAUUGGCAAGAAAGGCUAAGAAGCGUGUGGAGCUUGACCCAACCAUGGUAAAGAUGUUCAAGAAAGUGGAGGUAACCAUCCCCCUCUUUGAUGCUAUACAGUAA